AUGAGCGAGCAGAAAGGAUCUAAAGUUAAUAAAAUACGAGAGGAUAUUAAGAGAUUCCUUGAAGAAGACGAAAACAGCUUUGUUACUGCUGGGAAAAAAGAAACUAUAAAGAAAGCUGAUUUUGAUCUAAUUAUCCUGACUGAAUGUUGGCUGUCCUGCUCUGGUCCAAUACCUUUAUUAGAAUCGUAUUCUUCUCAUGCCACGAAACAAACGUACAAUCAAAGCGACGGAAUUCUGAUCUAUAUUAAAGAUAACUUGAAAUGCACCGUUGAAGAGCCUACUUUCCAAGAAGCUAACUGCUUGAUAAUUAAAUUUGGAACACAUACAGUAGUGAUAGGGAUUUAUCGUCCAUACUGCUCUAAAAACGAUGCAACAAAAAAAUUUUCAUCCUUGAACCAACUUCUCACUGAACUAAAAUGCUUCAAAAAUAUCGUUCUAAUGGGCGAUAUUAAUAUAGAUAUCUCCCCUGGCAAUAUGAACCAGCAAGCCGAACAAUAUUUAAAUUUAACAGCAUCCCAUGGACUUCUUCCAGCUUUUACGUCGUCUACUCGAAUGUUCACAUGUAUUGAUCAUUUAUCACUCAAAAUACGUCAGCCCACUAAAUCAUUUGUUAUACUAACUUGUUUAACUGAUCAUGAAGCUGUAAGCCUUAGUCUUAAAAUCAAACAACCUAAAUGCUAUUUUAACAGAUGUAUUCGAAAAAUUGAUCACGUUGGUCUUAAGCAGUUUUUAUUAGACGCAAAUUUUGGUCAAAUAUAUGACAAUAAUAAUCCUGAAGAAUUAGCAAAUUUCUUAGUAGAAACCUUAUCAAAAUGA